GGGCGUCUUAAGCCCACAGAUCCACAACUCGGACGAAGGAAGAAAAUUACACCCUUCCUUGGAAGUCAUUCUGCUUUCCCCACCCCCCUUCUUCUCUUCAGGCUUCCUGACUUUCGUGAACUGUGCCUACGUGAAGUGGGGAACCCGGGUCCAGGACCUGUCCACCUACGCCAAGGUGCUAGCCCUCAUUGUUGUGAUCAUUGCAGGCAUCGUCCGCAUUGGACAAGGACAUUCCGAGAAUUUGGCCGACGCGUUCGAGGGAUCGGCCUGGGACGUGGGAAACAUCGCGCUGGCCCUCUACUCCGCGCUCUUCUCCUACUCGGGAUGGGACACCCUUAAUUUUGUCACGGAGGAAAUCAAGAACCCCGAAAGGAACCUUCCCCUCUCCAUUGGCAUAUCCAUGCCGAUCGUCACGGUGAUCUACAUCAUGACCAACGUGGCCUACUACGCAGUCCUGAGCAAGGCGGAGAUCCUUUCGAGCGACGCGGUGGCUGUGACUUUUGGUGAUCAGGUUUUUGGAGUGAUGAGUUGGACCAUCCCACUUGCUGUGGCUCUAUCCUGCUUUGGAGGCCUUAAUGCUUCUAUUCUAGCUGCUUCCAGAUUGUUUUUCGUCGGCUCUCGGGAAGGACACCUGCCAGAUGCCAUCUGCAUGAUCCACGUGGAACGGUUCACCCCUGUGCCAGCCCUGCUUUUUAACGGAGCCAUGGCUCUGAUUUAUCUUUGCGUGGAAGACAUCUUUCAGCUCAUCAACUACUACAGCUUCAGUUAUUGGUUCUUUGUGGGCCUGUCCAUCGCCGGGCAACUGUACCUUCGCUGGAAGGAACCUUCUAGAGAACGUCCACUCAAGUUGACGAUCGUUUUCCCCAUCAUUUUUUGCCUCUGCACCAUCUUCCUGGUGGCUGUACCGCUCUACACCGACCCCAUCAAUUCAGCCAUCGGCAUUGCCAUAGCGGCCUCUGGACUUCCGGUCUACUUCCUGGUGGUGAGGGUCCCAGAUCAGAAAAGACCGAACUGCUUACGGCGAGUGACGGUUGAGCUUCAUCAGGAAUACGACUGGAGGGCCCAGGCGCUGCAUCAAACCGUCAAUCCUGUGAUUCAUCGGAGCCUCCCUCUGCUGAGCCCGCCAAAAGUCCCAUUCUGCAAACAGUGCUGCACCACCCGCGUGACCCGCCUCAUCCAGUUAGUGUCCUUGUCUGUCCUGACCGAGAUGGAUCCCGAAAUCAAGUCUCAGUGACGACAACCAUCCGAGAGAGGCUGGCUUCUCCCGUCAUCCCCCUGCAAUGGACUCCUUCUAAUUUAUUAUUUGAUACUUCGUCGGGAGUAUUGUACUUACUACAGGGAUUUUUAUUAUUAUUUUUCUUUGUGUGGUGGUUGUUAUGGGGCAGAGCGGACCUGUCCUUGGGGGCCAAGCCCAGUAAAUGCUCAGCAUUCCACAAAUU